GGUGGGGGGACAAAGGAUUGGGUGAAGGUGAAAGAAUGGGUAAAUCCAACCAUCUACCCUGCACGUACCAGAAUGGCAACGAGAAAGCUGUUGAGCUCCACAAGUGGAGGAGCCACAACUGAGCAGCAGGAACAGGCUCAAGGCGAAGAUGCAGUGCUGUUCUUGGGUGAUGACCAAGAGUCAGAUGACGAGGAGCCUGCAUACUGCUUUUACGCACCAAUACAACCUCCGAGCAUGGAUCAUGCGCUAGCCGGGCCUCAACGGGGAAGUGGCUCCAGCAGUGACAAGGAGAUCGAUGGGGUGCAGCGGAAGCUCACAGAGCAGUUCAAGUGCAAGUCACUUGGAGAGGCAAGGUACUACCUGGGAAUGCAUAUUGAGCGGGAUACUGAACGUGGCUGGCUCAAACUGCAUCAGGGACAGUACAUCAACACCUUGGCUGAGAAGUACUCUCUGCAGGAAGAACGGGAAGUGGUCACACCUUUGCCUUCCGAGUUCAAACUCAUAAAGGCAGCUGAAGGAGAAGGAGUUGAGAGUGAAGACCAGAGGCAAUUCCAAUCCAUGGCCGGGAGCCUACUCUACGCUGCUCUUCAAUCAUAGUGACUCUGAGGACUGUCAACUUCUCCUAGGGCAGAUUACCCCCCAGUGCGCCAAACGCCAUAGCUCACUCGUUAAGCUACGGAAUCGAGUGAUUCAACUUUCAUUGGAAAGCUGACGUUGCCAGCUACAACAUAUCCGAUUUUCAGAUCGUUUCACCGAUUGGAGUUUUGGAUAUAGCUAUUCGAAGGUCGCGAGUUUUCUGGGCGUCAUAACGAAGUGCUGCAGAAAUUUCCAAGGAGCCAUUGAAUCAUCUGCUUAUAGCCUUCUCUAACCAACAGCUUGGAAAGAAGCCACUAGUGGACAUGCUUAGAGUGUUUGGAUGCAUGGCAGUGGCGCAUGUCCCUAAACCGUACAGGACAAAGCUUGGAGCAUCUGCACUGUGGUGUGUGCACCUUGGGCUUGCGGCAGAGAUCAAGGGGUGGCUUCUCUGGGAGCCCUCGAAAAAUGUGCUGUUUGACAGUCGGGAUGUCAAAUUUGUGGAGAACAUCAUGUACGGCAAGAAGGAGAAGCAGCCCGAGGCAAGGUUCACUCAGCAGCUGGAAGAAAUCACUAUGCAUUUCGAUUUGUCCGAACCUGAUGACAGCGAAGUCACUGCGCCAACGGCAAGCAGUAGCGAUGAAGGAAGCAAUGAGGAUAUUGCAGCUGAUGCUGAAAUCAAGGAUCCGGAGCAGCUGCAGCAAGAGGCUUCCAAAGCACCAAGUCUGCCAAAGCGAAGGAAACAGACUGGUUGGGGAACAAAGGAUUGGAUGAAGGUGAAAGAAUGGGUAAAUCCGACCAUCUACCCUGCACGUACCAGAAUGGCAACGAGAAAGCUGCUGAGCCCUUUAAUCCUUCCCUUCCUACCCCACUUUCCAAAACUGUGCUUCAAUGUUUUCCAUCAUGCCGUGAAACUUGUAACGUUCAAUGAUAGUGACUCUGAGGACUGUCAAUUUCUCCUAAGGCAGAUUACCCCCCAA